AUGGAGCCAGGAGAAGCAAACCAGAGCGGGCUUGAGUCCUUACCGGAUGAUGUGCUCUGUAUUAUUGUUUCAAAAGGCGGUUCGUCCUCAUCCCUCGACGUCUGCAACGCUCGGCUAUCCUGCAGAAGCCUAAAGUUUGAUCUGAGUGAUAGAGCUAUUGCCAAAGAUCUGAAGCUCUCCCCCUUGGUCAAGAACCCAAUGAGAGCUAAGUUUUACAACUCUCUAAUCAACUCUUGCUUGAAGGAGGAUAACCUAGAUGCUCACUUCAUCGUUGGUGUGCUAGAAUUCUUUGGAAACAGAAACAAAUACCUCGGCCUACACCAUCUCCAGAUCGCCACUAAGAGAGGUCAUCCACUACGACAGAACGCCAAAGUAUCCGGCCCCGCGCGUGCGCGGGGGCUGUGCCCCUAG